AUGGGAGGCAUUGUGAGUGGAAUGGUUCAAUCCACUGCUACGGAUUUUGGGACCGACUAUGCGAUGGAAAAGUACGAAGAGUUCAUGGGCACGAAGUUCCAGCCGGUAAAGGAUCCGUACUAUGUGGAAAUGAGCGAUGGGAAACGGGUUCGCCGGCGUUUGCCUGCAUACUGCACCAAGCAAGAGACCAAGACCUGGAAAAGGCUCCAGAACCGUGCAUGGUACGAUGAUAGAUGUUUUCUUGGCUGUGGGUACCUUUGGAUCGACUGGGGCAUCGGAUGGGCUACGGUGUUAUCUUUGAUUCCGGUGAUUGGACCUGUGUUGAUGUAUCUGGUGCACAGUUCUACGAUUGAAUAUGCGCGAAAGCGGUACGAGCUACCGGAGAGCCUGGUUCUGAAGAUGCACGGCAAUAUCAUGUUUGAUCUAUUGAUCUCGCUUCCACCAGUUAUAGGGACGCUGUUUGCAUGGAUGAGCCAGUGUUCGACGAGGAACGCUGCUAUGGUGUACAAUUAUGUGUGCAAGGCGUCGUGGGCGCGCGAGCAGGCCCAGAGGGAGCAGGGGAUCCACCCGCAGGGUCCCUCUGAGCACACGGCACCGCUGCCUGGCCAAGGUGCCGGGCCAGCUGCAGCUACUACCACCACCAAAACUGGGCUCAAUUAG